CGUUGAUACCCUUGUACGCACCGUACACAGCAACCAUUUGGAAGGGCAAGAAAGGAAAAGAAAGGGAGUCUCAGCCCGUGCGCCGACCACAUCCGGCGCCGGCGGCCGCCGCUCCCAUCCCCUUCGGCGCCGCAUCCCGUAUCAGACAAGCCCUCGACCUCCUCCGCAGAGAUCCUACGGUCCUGCCCCUGGCUAGCUAGCCAGCUCCUCCCGGCGACCGACGGCGGCGCUCCGGCACGGCUCCUCUCCUCCGGGAGCAACGGAGGGGAGGAACCCUGGCCAGCUCGCCAUCGCCUGAGGGAGGGGAUCUCGACUCGGACCGCCCAAGAGUACGUGCCGCCAUUGGUCAAAUUUAGCAGCUUAGACUUUAGAUAGUGAUGUGCGUUCCUGCGAGCAAAGUGAAGCCUAGAUCUUGUAGCUGAUGGAUUCGGCUGAGCUUGGAUGGGCCAUGUUAUAGCUUACGGACAGUCUUCGUACCAACUCAGCUCAGAUCUCCCUUCAUUCUUGCCUCAAAAAAAGAAGAACAAGACAAGGUGUGUUGGUAGCUGGAUGAUGGAUCCCGCUGAGGUUCCCCAAGGCCAAGGCUCGCCGCGUGUGGACGGCAGGAGGCUGCGGCGUUUCGUGCUCAAAGGUGCCGGCUCCGUGUCCACGGUGCUCGGCGAUGACAACCUCCUGAUCGAGAUCCUCGUCCGUCUCCCUCCGAAGCCGUCCUCCCUGCCCCGCGCGUCUGCCGUAUGCAAGCGCUGGGGCAGCAUCCUCUCCGACCCCGUGUUCCGCAAGCGCUUCCGCAAGCACCACCAGAAGCCUCCUCUGCUCGGCUUCUUCUCAAGGCAUGUUGGCGCAGAUUCACUCUUCACUCCCCUGCUAGACCCGCCGGACCGCACCCCCGCCGAGCGAUUCGCCGUGCCGCAGGAAUCAGACUGGGACUUCAUGGGCUGCCGCCACGGCCUCGCUGUCCUGAUCAGCCAGCCGCGGCGUGAGAUCGUCGUGUGGGAGCCCCUAACUGGACAACAGCGCCACGUGCCUUUUCCAAAGGGGCUCGACAACUACGCCAAAUGUUUGUACUGGCACAGCACUUUGCUGUGUGUUGACGCCGAAGAUGGACAUGUGCAUGGCGAUUGCUUCUCAAGUCCAUUCAAAUUAGUUUUGAUCUGCGCCUGCCGCACCCGUGCAUUUGGUGUUGUCUAUGACUCGGCGUCUGGUUUUUGGGGAAAUAUUAUCUCGAUAGUGACUACAGGUCCGAUGCUGUCAAGGCCCGGCGUCCUCAUUGGGAGUGCAGUUUACUGGUUGAUUCAAGAAGGUGAUGUCCUUGCGUUUGAUAUUGAAAGACAGAGCCUUAGUAUUGUCAAGAAGCCGACAGAUGUCCAUGGUUCCCACUUCAUGCGUUUUCAGCCCUUAAGGACAGAUGAUGGCGCCCUUGGCAUGGCUGUUAUUCAACUGUCAAAACAGAACAUUCAGUUAUGGGCAAGCAAAUCUAACUCUGAUGGUGUUGUCUCAUGGGUGCUACAGAAAACGGUUCAACUGGACGAGCGUUUUCCACGAUCCCCGCACGUGAACGUACUGCUCAUGCGAGGGUAUGACGAGGACACAAAUACCAUCUUUCUUUCUUCGGAUUCAGGUGACUUCACGCUGCAGCUUGAGACGAUGCAGUUCACAAAUAUUGGUAGAGGAGAUCCUUGGAGUUUCAGAAUAUAUUAUCCCUAUACCAGUUUCUAUACUACAGUCAGGCGCGUUGCUGCUGGAGAUGGUGGAGCUGAACAUGUGAACGGGUGAUGUCUCUGUUGGUUGAACAGGCGUCGGAAGUUCUCUUCGAGCUGCUGAGACACGGAAAUGGCUAAUCUGCCAUAAGAUCUACCGCCUUUGUUUGUUGUGGCCAUUGGUACGGCCAGUGCUGAAAUUAAUAACACUCUUUCUAGUAUGCUGGCCGUUGUAUGCCAUGGCCAUCUUGUACCGUUGUAUGCCAUUGUUCCAUCUUGUACCGUUGUAUGCCAUGGCCUGUGAAGUGGACAUGUAGUAUUUCGUUGUGUAAUUUUGCUAACUCGUUUGUACUAACAUUUCAUAAUAUCUGUAGCAGUAGUAGUCAAGUGUUAGUGGUUUA